AGUUAUUACGGAGACGGAUCAGACAUCGACAAAAGCAGGUUGGGCAGAUCCUGAUGCUGAACAAGGUUUAAGGAUGUAUAACGCACAUAUGUGACCAACGUUUUUUUUUCUUUUUCGGUUAAUGUCUUAAAAGUGUAUCAGCUUCGGAUUUUUUAAUGCUGCAUCUUUAUGGACUCACUGAAAAUGAUCAUUUAAUCAGCCGUGUAAGGAAAAUGCAUAACACUGGGAAGUCAUGGAGGAGGUAUGUGCCUGCGCUUUUGUUCAUAGGUACUUUUGUGAACACGGUUAAUUCCGUCACUCACUAUUCUAUUCCUGAAGAACUGGAGGAAGGGUCGGUCGUUGCCAAUUUAGCUUCCGAUUUAGCCUUAGACGUGAAGACUCUGAGUAUGCGGAAGAUGCGGUUAGACAUCAUAUCCAGCAAACGAUAUCUGGAUGUGAACAAAGACACAGGGGAGCUUUACAUCGUUGAGAGGAUAGACAGAGAGUAUCUCUGUGCAAUAAAGACAACGACAUGUUUCCUAAAAAUGGAGGCUAUCGUUGAGAACCCACACCGGAUAUUUUAUAUCGAAAUUGAGAUAACGGAUAUCAAUGACAACGCUCCUCAUUUUCGACGAGACACUAUAAAUUUGGACAUUAUGGAAUCCACCGCAGCUGGUGAGAGAUUCUCUGUUAAUAACGCUGUUGACCCAGACCUAGGAUCUAAUUCAGUCAAAACAUACCUUCUGAGCGAAUGUGAGCACUUUGACAUAGAAAUUCAAACUGGAAGAGACGGAUCCAAAUUUGCUGAUUUAAUAUUAAAGACGGGUUUGGACAGAGAAAAGCAAGCAGUACACAAUUUAAUUCUAACUGCUGUGGAUGGCGGAAUCCCCACGCGCACUGGCACAGCCAGUAUUGUUGUCCGUGUGGUAGACACUAAUGACAACGCCCCAACUUUCGAAAGAGAUCAUUUUGACGUAAAUAUUAUUGAAAACUCUCCCGUUGGAUCUCUUGUUAUUAAGCUGAAUGCUACAGAUUUAGAUGAAGGGAACAAUGCAGAUAUCGAAUAUACAUUUAGUCUGUACACAUCUGAAAAGACACAAGAAUCGUUUAACCUGAAUCCUUCCACUGGUGAAAUAACAGUGAAGGGAAUGAUGAAUUACGAAGACAUUCGAAAUUAUGAAAUGGAAAUCAUAGCAAAGGAUAAGGCAGUCAACAGUUUAUCAGGACAGUGUAAAGUAAAAAUUACUGUAGCAGAUAUGAAUGACAACCACCCCGAAAUAUCCAUCAAAUCAUUUCAAAGUCCAAUAAAAGAAAAUGAACCGAUAGACACAGUAAUAGCUGUAGUUAGUGUGAGUGAUAAAGACUCAGGUGACAAUGGAGUGGUUGAUCUUCAUAUUCCAGAUAAUAUGCCUUUCAAACUGAGGGAGUCCUCUGAUAACUAUUAUGAAUUAGUAGUGUCACAGCCACUAGACCGUGAGAAGGUCCCAGAAUAUGACAUCACUUUCACUGUGACAGACAGAGGCUCUCCUCCUUUAUCUGACAAUGAAACGAUGACGUUAGAACUGCUGGAUGUAAAUGACAAUGUUCCACAGUUCCCUCAGUCAUUUUAUACUAUACGUGUAAUGGAGAAUAACGCACCUGGGGCCUUGCUGAGUUCACUCACUGCGUUUGACCCUGACCUGCAUGAAAACCAGUAUCUAGUGUAUUUCAUCCUGGAGAGGGAGAUAGCCAACACCUCCAUGUCCAUGCUGUUCUCCAUCAAUCCAGAGAACGGUAAUCUUUACGCACUAAAAACCUUUGACUACGAGAUCGAGAACGAGUUUCUUUUCCACAUCGAGGCCAGAGACUCUGGCUCUCCUCCACUCAGCAGCAACGUGACGGUCCACAUCAUUAUAGUGGACCAGAACGACAACGCUCCGGUUAUUGUCUCUCCGUGGCGCGCGCAUGGCUCGCUGGUGGAGGAAAAGAUCCCCAGAUCCACCGAUAAAGGCUCUCUGGUGGCCAAAGUGAUCGCCUUGGACACCGACUCGGUGCACAACUCUCGGAUUACGUACCAGUUUCUACAAGUGACGGACGCCACCUUGUUCAGUCUGGAUCAAUACAACGGAGAGAUCCGGACUAUGAGGAUGUUCAGUUACAGAGACCCGCGUCACCAGCGACUGGUUGUUAUUGCAAAGGACAACGGGGAGCCUGCUCUCUCUGCUACAGUCACCAUCAAGCUGUCCACGGUGGAGACUGCCGUUAAGGCCUACUCUGACAUGACGGAGGUGCCUCUAGAAUACGACAUCUUCUCAGACCUGAACCUGUAUUUGGUCAUCGGUCUGGGCUCGGUGUCAUUUCUCCUGCUGAUCACCAUUUUGGUCACCAUCGUGCUCAAGUGUCAGAAACCCAAGCCCAGCAAAGCGGCUCCUCCCUGCAGGAACAGUGUGAUCAGUGAGAGGAACUCCACCAUCGCAGACUCCACUCUGGUCUCCAACGAUGCCUACUGGUACAGUCUGUUUCUAGCAGAGACCAGGAAAGGGAAGAUGGUGGUUAGACAGCCGGUGCCAAAGGGCUCCAGAUACAUCGUGUCCAGUCUACCAAGAGGCACAGGACUGACAAACACUAGUGACUCAGCCGCUUCAACUCUGCAGUAUCCUAAAUGAGGAGUCCACACUGCAGUUGGAGGCAUCCACCAGCAGCAGCAGCAGCAGUUCCACAUAAGGCCCAACCUCCAGCUGUGUACUGGUUUGAAUCCUUCACAGAGCAAAGGACAGACCCCAGCUCAUUAACGCCCCCCAUGUCCAUCCUGCUCAGGUCUGAUCCUUGGCUCUCACAAUGUGUAGUUGUAAUGCUAUAACACCAAAUGGACUAUGGUGGCUGAACGAGGACCAAGCCCUCUCCCCUCUCUUUCUUAAAGCACAUGAAAAUCCAAUGAACAAUGCCUGCCUGCCAAUUCAAUAUGCACGAUAAGUCUGCAUGGCUUCAACCUCACUCCAAGACCAUCAUACAUCAAAUAUCCAGAGGAGAUACUUGCAAAGAAGCAGACUGUAUACAAAAUUGCACAUGUGGAUAUGUAAAGAUGCCUCAACGAGGACUAUUAGAGUGGACCCGGAUGUUGAAAUCCUCUUUAAAAAUUAAACACAUGUUGAUUACAUGAUUAACCUCUGUGCUUUGUCUUGCCCCAUAACAACAUUGAUGUAUAAUAUUGAAGUUAAGUGAAACGGCACAAAUAACUAAAUGUCAGAAAAGCACCAACCUACAAUGUAAAAGUAUGAAACAAAAGGAAAUCGUUUUUUUAUAGAUGUGGUAGCUUUUAGAAGUUUUAUGUUUUGUACUUGUGCUUUAUAUGUGAGUGAGGCCUAAAUAUGAGUAUUGAGUUAAGUUAGCCAGUACAUCAAACCCAUACAAGUGAAGCCUUCAGCAAUUAUGUAUCUGCCUUUCAGUGGUUUUGGCAUGAAAUAAGUAUUUUGAUAGCUUUAGGUAUUUUAUGAUACUGACCAAUCCAUUUUCUGUAGUCCAUUUUUCUAUUUAGUAUUUUGCAAAACAAUGAUGAGAACAGAAUAGAGAAGUGCAACAGCAUAAUACUUUUCAAUGGAUCCAGAAAGUUAAGUUUACUCAUUUAAAAUGUGCAGAGUGGGCUUUAACCUUCACUUGGACAUUACUGUAGAGGGGUUGAGAGGAUUUAACUGAACACAAGUGAAUGCAGUGAGUGUUUGAGAAUGGACUGAUUAAUAUCUACUUAUGACUACUGUAUAUACAUCACAAGCAUGACCAUGUACUUUCACUUUUUUAUUUUCAAAGCCAAACUCUGUAUGUUCCUUCAUUUCAAUGUCUUCUGAGAUUGUGUAACAACAUGAAAACUCAAUGAAUGACUUAGUGUUUACUUACUAAUUCUGAAUACUGGUUUCAUCCAAUGAAAGCUGUGCUCAUGUGUAUUACUGACUACUGUGUGUAUCUGCAUAUGAAACAUAUAAAUAGGGAUACAGAUAUGACUGGUAUACAGUAUAGACAGCAUAUAUUUGUAUCUAUAAAUAUGCCUUUAUUUGUCAAUAUCAAUGCUGAACAGAAAAACAGUGGAUCUCUUGUGCCAUCAGAUGUAUGGGUAGUACUAGUAUGUGAACCACUUCAAUGAUCAAACACCAUGAAGUCAAACUCUUUAGCACAGCUCACAUUGCAUUACUUGUGUAACGUUGUAAUCUUUUACAGUCAAACAUCUACAAAAAGUGCUUUUGUACAGUGGUACUUUUAUGGUGCAAUGUGUAGUAAAGUGUAAAAUGUGAGCUUAUUGUAUGCUGCGGUCUGUAUUAUCUAUACAAAAACAAAAUGGAACAUUAAACUUAAUGGUGAACUUGUG